AUGUGGCAGCAGCAGCAGCAGGAAGCCCUUCACAGUGGUGGCAGUAUUCGUGGACGAAGUACGUCAUCGCGUGAUUUCCUUCCUGCUGCCAUGGCUGCCGCCAGGAGACUGCAGUUGUGUGCGGUGUCUCCGACUGGAAGACAUUCAGCCUCAGUGAUCUUCCUGCACGGCUCAGGUGACACUGGACAGGGACUGAGAGCCUGGGUGCGAGAUGUUCUGGUGCCAGAUCUGGCCUUCAGCCACAUCAGAGUCAUUUACCCCACAGCUCCAGUCAGGCCGUACACACCCAUGCGAGGAGCUCUGUCCAAUGUCUGGUUUGACCGUUACAAGAUUUCACGGGACAGUCCAGAACACCUCGAGUCCAUAGACGCCAUGUCCAGCUCCUUAGGGUCCAUUAUUGAGGAUGAAGUCAAGGCUGGGAUCCCCAAACACAGGAUUAUCAUCGGUGGAUUCUCGAUGGGCGGAGCCAUGGCACUGCACCUGGUGUGUCGGCAUCACCCUGAUGUAGGAGGGGUUUUUGCUCUGUCCAGCUUUCUCAACAAAGACUCUGCUGCUUUUCAGGAUGUGGAGAAGCGGCUCAAAGCAGGACUCUCCCUCCCUGAGUUGUUCCAGUGCCAUGGAACCAGUGAUGAGCUGGUGCUUCAUCAGUGGGGGGAGGACACUUCAGUGCUGCUGAGGAAGUUUGGCAUGAACACUGCCUUCCACUCCUUCCCGGGCCUGAACCACCAGCUCUCCCAGCCUGAAAUGGAGCUCCUGAGAGGCUGGAUCCUCAACAAGCUUCCCGCCACUGACUCCUUUGACUCACACAAUUCAUAGUUUGCUUUAGUAGUAGAUUAUUUCUCAAAGACAUUUUACACAAAAAUCGGGUCUCUCCAUGUUUGGUCCGUCAACAUAGAAAACCGCCAGUCAACAUGUGCUGAGGUUGGAUGUGUGUAUGUUUUAUAUUACUUGUGUAUAUACAGUAUAAUGUAGAGCAUAUACUUUUCAAAUUACUGAUGAUGUACAUUCCUGCUUUUAAGAGAAUUCAAGUAAACACAAUACACUCUAUCUUGCAUUAACACCUGACGUUACUGUGACUCAAAUACUGACUCAAAUAGGAACAUUUCCUGUUGGUGCUGCCCAAGCUGUGAGCUACAAUUUAAAAACUCACCCGAAUUGUCCUUUGGUCACGUCAAAUCUCAGGUCAUUGCUUCUGUUAAUUCUCCACUUUUUAAUAUUCUUAUGUAUAAUUAUACCAAAUAAAUAAGGAUAUAAUGCA